AUGGCAACGCCGUAUCAACAGCCCGGCGGCGGUGCUGCGAGUGCGCUUUCAAAAUGACAGAAAUGUCGGCGAUGAGCAGGAAAAUCAUUCAAAACCUCGCAGAAACGCUGUCUAAACAAGUGAAACACUUUAAUAAAACAGAGGCAGAGUGCCUCAUUCGACUCUUCAACGGUCUGCUGGGAGAGCAGACCGACAGGCGAGUGGGGCUCGGCCUGGACCGAAGCAAAUUCCGAAAUAUCCUGCACAACACAUUUGGAAUGACAGAUGACAUGAUUAUGGACAGAGUCUUCCGUGCUUUCGACAAGGACAACGACAGCUACAUCAGUGUUAAGGAGUGGGUAGAAGGACUGGCCAUCUUCCUUCGAGGCACUAUGGAUGAAAAAAUCAAAUACUGUUUUGACGUGUACGACCUGAAUGGAGACGGGUACAUAUCGAGGGAGGAAAUGUUCCACAUGCUGAAGAACAGCCUGAUCAGACAGCCGACCGAGGAAGACCCUGAUGAGGGGAUUAAGGACCUUGUGGAAAUAACUCUGAAGAAAAUGGAUUAUGACCAUGACAGCAGACUUUCAUGUGCUGACUUUGAGAAGGCUGUGAGGGAUGAAAACCUGUUACUAGAGGCUUUUGGAACCUGUCUUCCUGAUGCAAAGAGUAUUCUGGCAUUUGAGCAACAUGCAUUCCAGGAGCCUCAGGAGCGCUGAAUCGCUCAAAUAAUAAAAGGAGAAAACUGUUAUUUCAUAACAAACCACCGCUCCAGUAUAAUGAUAAUAAUAAUGUAAUGUACACUGAAGACCUGAGUAAUGUAUUGCUGUUGCAACUGCAAAACAAGUGUGAUUAAAUUCUUCGCCGUGGCUUUGCUGUGGUUGUCCUUCUCUCAGAUGGAGUUGAUGAAACCUACAAAAAGAAAAAGCAAAUAAUUGCAGACACGACACCUUUCCUUUACCAUCAUAAUCCAGACUCUUUUAGUCAAUGAUGUAAAAAAUAAAAUAAUUACACUACUAA